GACGCCAGUGAUCGUAGCGCAGCCCUUCGGUGAUGUUGCGCCACCCUUAACGCUCGAUUUCACGCGUCAUGCUUAAAUUACACCCUUUUACCAAAUAAAAAAAUAAUAACAACGCUUAAAUAAAGUGCAGAGUGAAUUUAAGGGUUGUUGGAUAUUUUACCCUUUAACACUUUUAAACUAUCAAUAAUAAUAAUAAAAGUUUUACUGUUUAAAAACAUGAGUGUUAUUUGUCACGUCAAACACGUUGUGUGACUUAAGUUACUUUACUUAUCAAACUCAAUUGUGCGCUGUGUGUGAGUGUGGUGAGAGUGCGGUGCAUUCCCGAGGUCGCCGUCGACCUCAAAGUGACUUAAGUCGCAUCGCUGGAUUCAUUCGACUUGAGUCGAGAACGUAGACUGGUGUUCCGUGCGCCGUGCGCUCAGUGUUAUUGUAUUUAACCUAACAAAACAUAACAAAUUGACUUAAGUCGUCUUAAGUCAACCAAAGUGUGAAUAUAUACUCCGCUGUGCGAAUCGCCUGAUAUCGGAUUAGUAUUGCCUUUGGAUUGCGGUGGUCUUGUGUGUUAUAUUGCUGUGUGUGCAUGAUUCUGGAUUAUUAUCACUGUUGCACCUCUGCGCUGUUAUCGGCGCCGGUGACGUGAGCGCGCGCGCGCAUUGUGCUUGUGUGAGUGUGAGUGAUUAACGCCAGUGUGCGCAAGCAAUUAGCGCCCGGUCGUGGACGCGUUCUGUCCGAUGCGAUGAGUGGUAAUGGUUCGAUGCACCGACCCGGCUGCGGUGCGGACGAAGAACUCGUACGUUGAGAUAGUCGAGAGUGGUUCGAGUUUUUCCGCACGUCGUGCACCAGCCAACCAGUGAAAAUCACCGCCAGCACGAUGGGAACGUUUUCGUACUUUGUCUGCCUGAUGACUCUAGUGGCGUCCACAUACGGUGGAUGUGAGUUUCCGAAAGCUUGGUCUGGAACAUGGUUCCAAUCAGGACUACCAUAUCUAAAGAUCAACUCGACACACAUCGAUACCAAGGGCGAAUGUUACGAGGAGCAAGGAGACAAAUAUUUAGUCUACGAUAAAAUGGAUAAAUGCUAUCGUUGUAUGGCAAUUCAUGAAAAACAUGCAAGUGUUCUUCAAUAUAAAGAAACAUAUUGUGAACCACAUUCUACAUUUAACGACAUCUGCUAUGGAAUCACAGGAGAUGCUCCUUUAUAUAGCAUGUUUAGAAAACAUCCUGAGGGCAAAGCUGCUCCUGUACCUUGUCCUUUCAAAAGUGCACCAUUUGCGUUCAGCUACAAUCGCGGUGCAGGCGAUUGUAGUAAUCCACCCAGUAAGGCUGAGUCCUGCACGGACGACUCAAGACUUGUUCUUAAAUAUCAGGCUUGUCCGGAUAUUCCUAGUACAGAAAGUAAUGUUGAAGAAUUAGUCUGCCUCGCAACUUGGAAAGAAGGUUCAACCAAAUAUCUCAUUGGAAAGAUAAUCUCGCAAGGAAAUCGCCGUGCUAUGCUCACCGAUGAAGAGCAGUAUCGUUGCUUCAUUUAUCAGAAGGCUACCGAAAAGAGCAAGACUGUUUACCAUAUUGCCCAGUCUGGUGAUGCAACCUGCACAGGUCUUUCCAAUGUUUUCGAAGGCAGUCGCACUAUGAAAUUCACAGUCAUGGAUAAUCACCACAAUCGGUGCAAGUUUCCUUCGUGGAUUACCAUUCAUCAUACCUGGUUGAGUUUGGAUCAUCGUAAAACUUACAAAUUUUCACAACGCAAUGCCACCUUGAAGAUCCUCGAUGAGGAACCUAAACCUAAUAGAGUUGUUCAACCAGUACAACCUGUGCAACAGUUUGGGUUUCAAGAAUUCGGUUUUGAGUCGCAGGAUCAACGCAAUCCAAACACAGAAAUGCGUGUGAUUUGUCACAGUAUUCUGCAGAGUCAGGAAGAGAAGAAGGUGCAAAUUGUUGCGCAUAUUACAGCUGGAUGCGAUAGCGGUUACGUCUGUAUGGUGUUCUACAAACGCGAUUCGAACGUCAUCGAGAUCCAGGAAUCUGAAACGUACGAGGAUAAUCCGGACGACGCUUGUAGGCAUUUCGAUCCGGCGGAAAUUCCCUACACGACGCUGAUCACUACUUCUUUGCAUCCUAAAAAAUGUCCUAAUUUGGGGCGUUACGUCGUGAAUAAUCAACCCCCCGUGGUCACAGAACGUCGAAAACGACGCCAGCAACAAAAUACAGGACAUGAUAUUCCUUUGAACAAUGGUCCUGGAGCCGGUGUAGUAAGUCCUGAAUGCAUUUCUCCGACUUAUGAUAGUCUUGCUGUUGGAUGUGGUGGAUCAACCGAAACUAUGGAAUUCCGAACUGGAUGUAUUCAACAACCUAUUAAAGGAUACACAUGUCAUGGUGCCUGGCAAGAUAACGACAUGGUUUAUGUAAUCACAUCGCCGACGUCACGUAAAAGCACUGAUACACUACGCCACUGCUUCGUCUACAGUAUUGUACCCUCAUCAACCGCCCCCGUUGGCGAGGGUGGUAAACCGCCGCCUCCUGGCGGACCAAUGAUUCUACGGCUUUCAGCCGUUGCAGACUCUUGUCAUCGUCACAUACGUCCUGGAAUCGACGGCAUAUGGGCUUAUAAUUUCACUAGUAAUGGUACAUGCGCUGAAUUAGAGGGUUACAACGCCGCCCUCGUAAUGGUGGUGCCGUCCCUCCUCCUGCUGGCGUCACUGUUCUUCGUCUUUAUUUCGAGAUGAUGAAGACGCUGGCGCACGCAACGGCGCGGUUACACCGUCAACGAAUAACUUUAUUUCUUCAGAAAUCAACUUUCAACAAAUCCUAAACCAGAAACCCAACUAAAAUCAACUACAAGACGAUGACAAGAGGACAAACAAGAAAUGUUUAAAUAAAUCGUGUGUGUGAGCUUGAACUUGUUGCGAAGCAGGAACUAUUUAAUUGAGGCGGAUAAUAAUUGUGAACAGAGACCAAAAAAUUGAUAGGUAUACACAAAAGCUAAGAAAUAAAUAAAAUGCGCAAUCUUUACAUGGACGCAAAACAACAACCGAAAAGCAUAAGAAAUCUACAUUACAGAUGUUAAUUACAUACAUAUUACAUAAAUUAAAAUAAUUAUAAAGUAUAUAUUUAACUAAAUGGGUGAAAAUUGCUUAUAAAUACAAACAAACAAACAAAAAACGUUGAACGAUGAAUGAAAUACAAAAUAACAACACAGACACAAACAAAAUGAAGCGCUAUAAACGAAAUUUGUUUAUUUAAUCAAGACGUUUUGAGAUAUCGGUCUAAAAAUCAUCAAAAUUUUAUGUAAAUAAAGUUAGAAAACCAUUAUCUAAUUUGUGCAAAUCAACAUGUAUCAUGUGGAUAGUCAAUUUUUGCUAUAAUUUCAAACUUUCGGUAUUAAGUAUACGAAGAUAAUAGCAUCAAGAUGAAAUUGAACAAUGUUGCUUAAAACGAAGAGCUUGCUUCAGUGUGUCUCCUAAGCCAAUCGCGUGUUGAGAAUGUAUUCGAAGGAUAAGCCUCCUCCUUUGCUCAAAGACAAUUCGACGUUUUUAAUGAUUGUACAUAAAAUGAAGUCUAAAAUACAAAUACUAUACGAUAUUCUAUCAAAAAUGUAAUUUAUCACUCACGCAUACUGAAUGACGAAGGUGUGUUCGAAGGAUUAAACAAAUAAACUCAUACAACGAACGUUUUUUCUACCUUGUAGGUGUAAAGUUUUACAAUUAUGAUAAUCCUGGUGUGCAAGGAGGAGGCUUGAGGAAGAUAAUGAUGCGAGAAAUAAGUGAAAGAUGCUUUUCGUUGUUGAUUAUUUGUAAUAAAAUAACUAAACCAUAUAUUUUAAAUGAAAUAUAAAGUAAGGCUAUAAGAAAAUUGUAAGGAUGAAGGAUUUGUGAACAAAAUUUUUAAUCUAUAUUUUGAAAUGUACAUAUUGUAAUUUUUUGUAUUUAAUUAGAUAGUGAAAUGAAAAUUUGAAAAAUUGUCGGGGAAGAUGUGUAUCACAAUGAUGGAUUAGUUAAUGAAGAGAGACAAAAAUUGAAAAAACUGUGAUGAUGAUUCAAUGAAAAGUGUGUGUACAAGAAAAAUUCGAUGGCAACUGAAGCGAAACAAUCGUUUUGAAACGAAUAUUAGGGUGAAUAAUAAUGGACAAAGGACGAUGUGCGGAAUUAUUAUUAAUGUUUGAGCGUACGAGUAUUUAUCAAUAUUAUUCGAAUUAUCAGUCUAUUUUAUUAUUCAAUUGUUCUAAAUGUAAUGCAUUCUGCGUGGCUGCGUGAAGAAGCAUUCUUUUUAAUGUGCAUCGAUUUUUGUAAUAUCUUUUCUCUGGAAAGCUGUUGGUGCAGGAUGCAUUUUUGAGAAUGGAGUAGGGAAGUUAUCGCAAGUAUUUGGAUUGUUUAUUUAAGAAUACAGAAUUACAGAGGUUUGAUAUGAACGAUAUGAAGUGUUCCCCCCAAAAACCACCCGGAUUAUAUUACCCCGUUUACGCCCAUGAUAUCCCGCCGCCCCUGAAUACAAUGACGAACAAACAAGCCGUGUUAUCAAGCUAGACUUUUUCGAUUUUUGACGAUGUAUGUUUCUAAUGUAAAUAUUUUAAAAUAUAUUUAUAAUGCAAUUGAACCAAUUCAAA